AUGCUUGACACUUUACCUCCUCAUGUUUUGGAUGUGAUUCGGGGUCAUUUGCCAGAAAAUCGAGUGAUGAAGUUGAGUCAAAUCAAUUCAAAAAUGGAAUCAUAUGUGCAUCGGUUAAACACAUUGUGAGUUUUUUUUUUUUUUUUUUUUUCAAAAAAAAAAAUUAAUUUUUUAAUUUUUGUUUUUCAGCAAAAUAGAUCAUAAAUCGGUGUGCAUUGUGAAAAAUAAAUAUUGCGUAAGUUUUGACGAUUUCCCAGGAGCAAGAUGUUUUAAGGGUCGGAAUAGACCUGUGAACCAAAAAAACAAUUUCAAUUCCAAGAAAAUAAUUUUUUCUAGCUCAAAAUUUUGAAUUACAGAUUCAUUUCCAAAGUUACCAAUAAUAUUUUCCAGAAACUCCAUUAUUCCGAUCAAGCAAUUUUGAAAAGAAAAAAAUUGAGAGGAAAACGCUUUCUACAUUUCAUGGCAACUAAGCGCCUUUUCUAUUGGAAAUCCGACAUUUUCGAAAAAGUUGAUCAUCUUCCCGAGUUCCUACAACAAAUUGAGGAAUUUUCAUUCGAUUCGAAAAACAUUGAGAACAUCUGCAAAUAUAUUCGAAUGAUGCCGAAAUUGAAUACUUUGGAAAUCAUGAACACAAAAAUUGAGGAGGUGGAAGCUAUUGCGGUUAUGGAAGCAAUCCAAAUCAAUGAUCAGAAAAAAUUCAACUUGAAGUAGGUUUUUUUUUCAUUAUUCAAUCAUAAAAGUUAAUAGCGAUUUUUUUUCAGAUUGAAUAGACAAAUCAAAGUGACAAAAAAACAUCAUUGA